UUGUUUUAUUAUGUAACCAUAUUACUGUUCAGCUGACUAGCAAGUAGCCUUUCAAUUAGACCCAGAAAUGCAAAGUAAUUUGAUUUAAUUAAAUUUAACAAGAAUUUGUACCUUGCUCAAAUUUUAAUGACAUUGCUUAUUUUUCUUAGUUCUCCUACCCUGCUCCUUUCUCUGCUUACUCUGUCGAUGGUUUUCCUGAAUAGGAAGUUAAUAUUUAGCAUAAAAUUAAAAAAACAAAGAAGAACAAGUAAACUAUUUUCAAUAAUUUUAAGAAAUACUGAUUCUAAAGGAUUAUUACCAAAAACUUUAGAGUCAGAAAAGUAAGUAAUUGAUGAUCCAGGAUAAACAUUAUCUUAGAAUGAUUAACUGUAUUUAUUAACUUCAUAAUAAAUAGAGCAAAAUAAAUUACGGCACCUUAUUCAAUCUAUAAUUAUCCUUAAGGAGCACCUAUGCCUAAGUUGUAAUCUGAUAUUGUUUCAAAUCAAGAUGCAUAAGGAUCAUAAGAAGGGUCUUAACAAACAUAAAAAUCAAAAGGAUAACAUCAAUAAACAAAGAAGCCAAAAAAAGAACACAUUAACACUGGACAUUGGUCAACAGAAGAACAUACAACAUAUAUAAAUUUUCUUUAACAAUAUGAAAGUAUAAUGACAUCUUCUAUGAUGAAAAAAACUUCUAAAAUAUUCAAAUAAAUGAGUGAAUUAAUUGGAACUAGAACUCCAAGUUAAUGUAGAAGUCAUCAUUAAAAAUUUAAUCCUUAUGCUUUAAGGGGUGAAAAUGGAAAAAGACUACCAAGAACAGAAAGAAGCAGAGCUGGAAGAAAAAAGAAGAACCCAUAAAUUGAAAUGGCAAAAGCAGGUAAAAUAAAUUAAUUAUAUUACUAGAGGAAAUUAGCAUAUAACAUCAUUAUGAUUAAGAAUAAUUGAUUAUAAUGUAUGAAAAAUAGCAUUUAUUUUAUCCACCAGUCAUACCAUAUGAAUAAUGGAAUCCCUAUUAUGAUGUGCAUUAAAAUAUUAAAAAAGAAGAAGAGUAAGAUCAAGAACUUUAACAUAGUUAAUUUAUAUAAUAAUAAUUAAUGCAUCAAUAAGAUUAUGAGGAAUAUUUGAGAAUAAAUUACUAAAGAAACUAAAUUAAUCAGGAUUUAAAUGAUGGUCGUAAUUCAAUUGUCAAUGACUUUUGA